AUGGAUCCUUGGAAUGAACAGAAUAAUAAUAUUAUUAGCGAUGAACUAGCCAACGACAGAAUUAGAACUCAACAACAAUCGUCGGAUCGGUCAAAUUGGAUUCCUGGGUCUAAAGUAUUAUAUGAUGAUAAUGAUGAUCAUCAUGACUCACAUCAUCAUGCGGAAGAGGAUGAUGAUUUUGAAACUGAAGAUUUUGUUUUUUCAAAAGUAUUAAUUGCGUUUUCCAGAUAUGAAAGAUAUUACUUUAAUGUUCUUGACAAGAAGAUUGAAUUCUUCCAUAGAGUAUGGAAUCAAAGUUUGGGUGAUAUCAAAAAACAUAUUACUGUUUCGGAAGCAUUGCCAGACCAAUUUGACAAAUUCAUGUCCAUGAAGAUGGCCAUUAGAAAUAAUUAUGAAAAUUUAAUUUUGAAGAUUAUUGAGUCACAUACAUCACAGUUCUUGGAGAGUGAAGACUAUAAUCAUCUAGAACAGCAUGCUGUUUUUAACACCGACCAUCAAGAUGCAGGAUUUUAUCAAGUUUAUCAUUUAAAACCACGAAUAAUGGAAGUCAAUGUUCCUUCAUACAUGUAUCGAACUGAGGAUAUUGCUACGCUGUUGAGUUCUGAAGAUUAUGACAAGGUUACCUCCACGGUUAAACAGUUUGUAAGAGACUGGAGCGAGGCAGGACAAAUUGAACGACAAAAUAGCUAUCAACUCAUUCUAAACGAGAUUGAAAAACUGCUACCUCUUCAUGGAAGUCUCAACAAGUAUAAGGUGCUAACACCUGGUGCAGGACUUGGAAGAUUAACGUGGGAAAUUGCUCGUGCUGGUUAUUAUAGCCAAGGAAAUGAGUUUUCUUUUCACAUGCUUCUUGCAAGCGCCUUUAUUUUGAAUCAUCCUUAUAGGGAGAUUGUUGUCGAAGGAAUUGCAAAAUUUGAACAGUUUGAGAUUUUCCCCUUUGUAACACACAUGAGUGACUUGUUUUCGAGAAACGAUCAGCUAUGUUCGUUUAAGGUACCUGACGUGAAUCCAGGGAAGUUACUUCCUAAUGGUGUUGAGUUUUCUAUGGUUGCAGGCGAUUUUGUCGAUGUUUACAGAAAAGAAAAUCAACGAGAGUUUUGGGAUUGCAUUGCCACUUGCUUUUUUAUUGACACUGCUGCCAACAUCUUUGAUUACUUAAACACUAUUUAUCAUUCGUUAAAAGAUGGUGGAUAUUGGAUUAAUUUAGGCCCUCUUUUGUGGCAUUACCACGAAAUGGGAGAAAAUAGAUUUUCCAUAGAUAUUACUUAUGAAGAGUUGAAACAAGUCGCCCAAAAGAUGGGAUUUGAAUUCGUUUAUGAAAACACGAAUGUAGAAAAUACUUAUAUUUCUUCAUUUGGGAAUGAGAGGCACUCAAUGAGGAGAACAGUUUACCACUGUGUUCUAUUUUCUGCCAGAAAAAUUCCACGUCAAUGA